AUGUCAAAACAUAAAACAUCCCCUGGGGGUUCCUUUCCUUCCCACCUCCGCUCGUUUCUUUGGACCCCUUGCGGUUCUUUCACCAGCAAGUGGGUCAGAGCAACUGGAUCCGAUGGAAGCGAGGCCUUUCAACCUCAAGGGGAGGGAUGGGAGAGAGGGGGAAGAGGGGCAGGAGGGGCAGGAGGAGCACUGCUCGGUGUGGAAGACGAGCUCUCACAUGCAUUUGAUGACUUGAGCGUUCACAACAGCAGGCGAGGCCCACACACUGAUGAACCCGUGGUGGUGCUGACAGCUGGAGAAACCAAGGCAGCGGGGGGAACGAAGGGGGAGCUGCUGGGAUUGGCGGACCCGUGGGCAACGAGCGGGCGGGAGAGGAGGAAGCUGGGGGAGGUGCAAGCCACCGCUGCUGCUGCCAUCGAGGCUGAGGUGGACAAGUAUGCCAGGAAGGUGAGGGAGCGCAGCGAGCUACAACAGGUGGAGGAUCUGCAGGUGCUGAGGAGGGCGCAGGUUGUGGGCAUGACCACGUCCGGGGUCGCCAAGAUGCAGCGCCUCAUCUCAACGCUCAGCCCGCGCAUGAUCAUUGUGGAGGAGGCCGCUGAGGUGCUGGAGGCGCACAUCUUCACGUCGCUCACCCCACAGACCCAGCACGUCAUUCUCAUAGGUAUACCAUGGGCUGUUGGGGCUGGAGUUGCAUGCCAGGAAGCCGCUGAGGUGUGGAAAGCCCACACCCUCGCCUCCCUCAUCCCGCACACCGAGCAAGGUAUUCUCAUAGGCGACCACGUGGAGGUGCACGACCUCAGCAAGGAUUCAAACUGGGGCUUCGACCUGGACGUCUCUCUCUUUGAGCGCCUCGCGCUCUCCAAGCGCAUCCCCGUGUACAUGCUCGCCACCCAGCGCCACAUGCGUCCGGAAAUCGAGGAUCUGAUUUGCCACAGCGUCUACCCCGACCUGGGGGACCACCCGUUUGUGCAAGGCGUAAUUCCUCUUUCCUCACAGCAGCACAUGCGUGUCACGCCGGGACAACCUGGGGGAGGCAAGUCAAAGUCGAACGUGGGCGAGGCAGCCAUGGUGGUGGGGCUAGCCACGUACCUGCUGCAGCAGGGGUACACGGGAGGGGAGAUCACCAUCCUCACACCCUAUGUGGGUCAGCUGCUCAAGCUGCGCCAGGCGCUUCCUUAG